AUGGAGGCGGAUGAAUCUGAUGUGGUGGAAAGCCUUCCACAGGCAUCGUGGCAGCCAGGUCGUGGAGUGUCUCUCCACAACCCGGUUGGGGUUCUUGUGGAUGCGUAUGCUCACAUGCCGCAGCCCUUCACAAACUAUGUGCAUGACUUCCGGGGAAUCCUGGACUACAUUCUCAUCGACGAGGGCUUGCAGUGUAAGAGCUGCCUGAAGGCACCAAGUGAGCAAGACCUCGAAAUACAUGGAGGUCUUCCUAGUGUGCUUCACCCGAGCGACCAUCUCUCCAUCGCUGCAGACCUCUCAUUCAGGGAGAGCUGA